UCUCUCCUUAAAAACGCGCCCCACCGUUUCGAACCCAUCCGGAGUGCGCCAACCCGGGAGCUUUCGUCGCUUCCUUCGAAUCCCCUCCCCGUUCCCGAUGCAACGCCGGCCCUCCGCUGCCGUCCUCCUCCUCCUCUUCGUCGCCGUAUGGAGUACCGUCACCGGCGAUCCCCAGGUCAACGUCCUAAACAUCGGCUGCAGCCAGUACAAGGCCCCCUCCCCCUCUACCUUCUUCGCUAACCUCAACGCCACCUUCGCCGACCUCCGCGCCAAUAUCUCCGCCUCCGCCUCCGCCCGCUUCGCCACCGCGCAGCAAAGCUCCGGCUCCAACCCCGUCUACGCGCUCUUCCAGUGCCGCGACUACCUCUCCGCGGCCGACUGCUCGUCCUGCCUUGCCACUGCCGAGUUCCGCAUCCGCAACUGCUCCGCCGCCAACGGCGGCCGUGUCAUCCUUGAUGGCUGCUUCCUCCGCUACGAGAGUUCCCCUUUCUUCGACCAGACCACCCUCCCCGGGAACCAGGGCCUCUGCGGCAACCGCACCGCCACCCCCGCCGGCGCGUUCUCCGCCUCAGCUGAGGAGCUCCUCCUGGAUCUGAGCACCGCCGUGCCGCAGAUAGAGAAUUACUUCGCGGCGGCGGAGCAGGGCGGGGUGUACGGGGUGGCACAGUGCGUGAGGACGGUGAGCGAGAGCGGGUGCGCCGACUGCCUCCAGGUGGCGUACGGGAAUCUUAAGGGCUGUCCGCCUGAUGCGGAGGGGAGGGCCGUUGAUGCGGGCUGUUUCAUGAGGUACUCCGAUAAAGCCUUCUUCCCGGCCAAUCAGACGGUCGAUCUCGCCCCUUACUUGAAAUCAGGGAGUUCAAGCAAGAAAGGGGCCAUCAUUGGAGGAGUCGUUGGGGGAGUUGGGUUUCUGUUGCUUCUAGCCAUUGCCGGAUUCCUUUGGAUUAGGUGGUCCAGAAAGCAUGGGAAGACUGAGAGAGGAGACAUAUUGGGGGCAACUGAGCUACGAGGUCCGAUGGAUUAUCGAUACGCAGAUCUUAAAGCUGCAACAAAAGAGUUUAGUGAAGAAAACAAAUUGGGAGAAGGUGGCUUUGGGGAAGUAUAUAAGGGCGUCCUGAAAAACGGCAAAGCAGUUGCCGUGAAGAAACUCACAAUAGCUAAUGCGAGAAGGGUACGCACAGAUUUCCAGAGUGAGGUUAAGCUUAUAAGCAACGUUCAUCAUCGAAAUCUGGUUCGUCUUCUUGGAUGUUCUACCAAAGGCCCUGAACUGCUUCUAGUCUAUGAGUACAUGGCAAACAGCAGCCUUGAUAAAGUCUUAUUUGGUGACAGACGUGGAAUUCUUAACUGGAAACAGAGAUUUGAUGUAAUUGUCGGCAUAGCGCGAGGAUUAGCAUAUCUCCAUCAGGAAUUCCACGUAUGCAUCAUACAUCGUGAUAUAAAGUCCAGCAAUAUACUGCUUGAUGACAAUUUCCAGCCUAAGAUUGCGGAUUUUGGUUUGGCAAGGCUUCUACCUGGUGAUCAGAGCCAUCUCAGCACCAAAUUUGCAGGAACUUUGGGUUACACAGCACCUGAGUAUGCAAUCCAUGGACAGCUAUCCGAGAAAGUUGACACAUACAGCUAUGGUGUUGUUGUCCUGGAAAUAGUGAGCGGUCGGAAGAGCAACGAUGUGAACCUUGAACCUGUAACCCAAUACCUUCUUGAAUGGGCAUGGAAACUGUAUGAGGAUGACAUGUUGCUCGAGUUGGUGGAUUCAUCUUUGGAUCCAAAUGAAUAUAGUCCAGAAGAAGUGAAGAGAGUCCUGGAGAUAGCUCUGUUGUGCACUCAGUCCACAGUAGUUGCAAGGCCAACCAUGUCCGAGGUUGUGGUGAUGCUGCUGAGCAAAGGAGGGCUUGUUCUGCAGCCCACAAGGCCUGUCUUCAUAGAUGCCACAAGUAGAGUUCGUGGAGAUGCAUCCACAUCCAGCAAGUCAUCUUCCGCUUCGAAUGCAGCAUAUUCGAACACGCAACCUUCAGCUCGGUGAUCUUAGCAUGCGUCCUGGUAAUAUAGAACGAUCAGAGAUGGAUUAUAGUUAUGAUACAUAGUGCAUUUGAUGCUGAACAAUGCAAUAAGCUAGGGCAUUGUGUUUACAAUUUAAUGAACUAGAUAUCAGGACUAA